UCAUUCGUCCGCUGUCUCGCGUCGCUGCCGCCAGGUGGCUGCUGACGGACUGAAGGGUGAUUCUAACAUCUCGAGCUUUCCCCCCCAGGUUUCAGCCCCAACUAUUCACCAUGUGCUUCGCUCCAGGUAGCUCCAUUUGGUUCUGCGUGGUGGGGAAGAGUUACGCGGACGGGAUAUGCCACGAGAUAACACCAAGUCGUCACGGAUAGCAUGACUUGAUUUUGUCGUCUGCAUUGGAAGUGAAAAGCGCGCCAUGGCUAGCCGCAAGAGUCAUUCUCCGAAAGAAGGAUCUUCCGCGUGGAGAAAACAGCCUCCAGAUGGCUUGUCCCCCGAUCUGUUUACAAAGAUGUCCAAGAAAAUUGCGCAGCUCACGAAGGUCAUCUUCACAUUAAACACGCGUGUGGAAGACCAAGAAGCCCUGAUACAGGCCAUGAAGGAGUUUCACGAAGAAAGCAUGCAGAAAAUCAUAGCCGACGCCAAGGAAAAAAUUGCACAGUGCCAGACUAAGGUGAGACGCGAAGUGGACCUUCUCCAGCAACUGGGCCAGCUUGAGAGCGAACUUCUGCAGGAGCGCGAAGAUAGGACACGAUUGGAGCUCGAUAUGCAAAUGCUUCGACAGCGGAUCGCCACUGCUCCGCCGGCCAACUGUAACGGGGUGUGCGUUUCGCGGAACCAACAGCUCGUUGCCCUAUACCAGGAUGUUCGGGCAGCCGGAGACGCAUUCAGGAGAAAAGUAGACGACUUCGAGCUACUUCACAUGAAGAUGAUGCUUGCUCUGGAGAACGGCUACCAGAACGGCGACAAUUCCGUCGUGCCGAGCAGCAACGCUCUGGUGAAAAGCGACUAUGAAAGCAAAACCCUAGCGGCGUCUUACGAAGCAGAAUGGGGACACGUUGCCAAGAAGAACGAGUUCUUGCGAGAACAAUGCGACCGACUGUUUGAUGAGAACAGCAAAAUACGACGCGAAUUCGAAGGGAAGCUGGCCGAACUGAAGUCCUUCUACGAGGAUUCCUUGCUGAAGAUCCAAGGCAGCCAUAAACUGGAGCUGGCAAAUGAUUACUCACUGGCUUGCUGCGACAAGCAGGACGCAGCCGGGAAGACGUAUGAGAAACUCAACCUAAAUUUCCGCCGACGGGUGGACGACUUGCUCCUUCAGCUGUCCAAGAGCGAACAGGAAGUAGAACGGUAUAGCAAAGAAAUGAAAUUUCUCUGCGAAGAACUGCAGAAGCGCGAAAAGACCUUGAAAGUAAUGGACGAUCAGGUUAAUUGCGGCAAAGAAGAGCAGCAAAAGUUAGUGUCUAGGCUGAAGCAAAGCGAGGCUGCCCUCACGCAGAUCAAGUCUUCCUGCUCGCAACAGAAGCAGGAGCUGAUGAACAAAACUGACAAAAUCAGCAUGCUGGAAGCGACGAAGAGCGAGCAGGAAGCUGCCAUCUAUCGGCUACAGACGGAGCUCGUAUCGCUGAAGGAGAAACUGCGGGGUAUCGCAGUUCUUAAAGAAGAUUGUGCUCGGCUCCAGGCGCAAGUUAGAGAACACGAAGCUUCCAACGCUGCCCUUAAAGCCGCUCAUGAACGGGAGGUCGCGGGUAAGGAUUCCAAGCUGGAAGGUGUAGAGAGGAUGUUGCAGACAUACAAGGAGGAAUCUCGGUGUCUGAAGGCCAUUCAGGAACAACUGAAGGCCGCUCUGCAAGAGGCCCACGAGAAGAACGAGGAGUUAAGCAAACAGCUGAAGGAGCGGAUGGAUAUACAGGCCGCUGAAGGCAUUCUGGCAAAAGCGCUUCGGCAGGAAGUGAAAACCCUCAAAAUACAGUUAAAGAACACCAUAGAGGAGCAGGAGUCCUUUCUUCAAGUUACGUUGAAGGAUUUCAAGCGAAAGGAAAACGCGCUUAACAGGACGUGGGAGGAGAAACUGUCGAGAGAGUUGGCAAAGGAAAGGGAGCUCCUAACUAUAAACGGGGAGCAAGAACGGGACAGAGCUGUCGACACAGUGACAGCGGAAAAGGACGCCAGCAUUCGAGCCCUGGAGCUCUCUUGGACUGAGAAGUACCAAAGUCUCCACGCAGAGCUCACGUGUGUCAAGGCCGAGCUGGAACAAACAACGAAAAUGGUCAGGAACCUCGAGUGCGACCUAGACUCAAAAGCAGCACGGUGGAGCGCCGAAAAGGAACAACUCGAUCGGGAGCUGUUACGGGCCACUGCGGAAUACGAAAAGAAGCUGGAAGACAUCGCCUCGAAACAUAGCAACACAAUGGCUGCUGCCGUCCAUGAGAAGGAGGCGCUGAUUGAGAAUCUAAAGCAGCAACAUCGGCGAGAGCUCGAGUUGCAGGCCGCCUACUUCGCAGAAACGACUGAGAAGCAAAAGCACGAAGCAGACGCUCGGCAUAACGAAGAAAAAGCGAAACUGAUUCAACAACAAGUUGAACAGCUAGCGGAACUUGAGAAGAGGCUCAACGAGGAACACGAGCUUGUCAAGGCAACCAUAUGCCAGUCGUACAAGUCAGAGACGCAGAAAUUGAAGGCCGAGUUAGAAAAGGUUCUACAGCAAGUCCGUUCUCAGGAAAGCGCCUUCGCAGGAACAGAAAAAGUCCUCCAACAAAGAAUCAUGGCACAGUCGUCGGACAUCAAACAGCUAGAAGCAUCAAGUGACAAGUAUCAAAGCGAGCUGGGAGCAGUCACCAAAGAACUCGAAUUGAAGAGGGACGAAAUUCUUCGAGUUCGCACCGAAGCUACCCAGCAGAUCAAAAACUUGGAGCUGUAUUGGCAGGGGAGAAUAACGAAGGAACUCAAGGAUAACGCUGCAAGAUUCGAGCGGGAGAAAAACCUAACGCAGUACAAAUUUAACAAAACGCAGCAGUUGCUAAGGGACAAAAUUUCAUCGUUAGAGUUCAUGUUAAAUCGUAAUCCAAAGCAUACACCCGUGGACGAACCACUACCUACCUACCAAACUAUAGAGAUGUCCACUGCCGUUCAUAGUACCGACGCAGAAUCUUCAGGAGCGCAUGUAACUGCGUCAUCAAACUCUUACAUGGCAUCUGCACUCUGUUCUCCACGAUUGCUUAAGAGAGCCGUGAACUUCAGUGAGUCAUCUUACCGUUCCCUUCUGCCACGGAGGCCCUCCCUCCCGGCCACCAACGCGCCACAUGACAGCAUAGCCAGCCGGAGUCCAGUCCCUCGACCCUGUGCUCAGAUCCCAUCUUAUGUCCCUACUAGAAGCCUCGAAACAGCAUCGUCUCCAGUCACAUCACCAGAACUCCUACGACGUCUAAGAUCGCCAGAGACACCGUCGAGGAUAGCCUCUCUAGAAAGGUCCCCAGACCUCCAUCGAAAGCGCUCCGUCUGGUUUUCAGACGGCCCUCGACCGAGCACGUCCGUAGAACCUUCAAAGGUUGACAGCAGCAAAAAGAACUCGAGAGACCACGACGCACGGAACAACAAGGACGGCGCGCACACGCAAGAUGACAAUAGGUCCUCUGGCUACAAUAUCCAGAGGAUGCUCGGUGACACGUUCAGAAGAAUGAAGUCGCAUAAAAGGGAAGAGAACGGCACGACGGACGUCGAAGUCAGGAAGAAUGGUUCGCGAUUUUGCGCCGCACUAUCAAAAAGUCCCCGGUUUACGCGGCGUACCGGUUUCGGUACGAUUCGGGAGGCCGACGAAACCGCGCCGGACAAGUGAGAGAGAACGCAGUUCGCAGGACGUAUUUUGUGUAUAUUGUACUUACUGCCUCGAAGCAUGACGAACUGACCUUUUUUGGAUGCCAACAACCGUGCGCUCUGCUACCGAGAACUGAACUGUGACCUAUAUGUAAAGAGGACUGGAUGUGAAAAUGUGUGACCGUUGAUACGCGUUCGAGAAGUCGUGCCUGCGAACUCAUGAUUCUCCAUCCUUUAUCGUUCGGAGGACAUUGGAAGCGCAAAGACUAGAAGCGUGUAAACAGAAGUUGAUGGUGCACCCCGAGGCAGGACUGGCAGAGUCUGCGUAUCUUAGUACAAACAUCGAUGAGACUAAGCUCUGAUGAGACUUGGUCUGCGUGUAUUCUCUUCACAAAGUGCCUUGGAUGAAUGGACCCAUAAAGGAAAAUCCAGCAGCAGCC